GCCUGCCGCUGCCGAGGCCCGGCCCCGGGCCAGCUGCUGCCUACCCACCGUUCCCUCCCUCCCCUUCCUUUCCUUUCCUUUCCCUUCCCCACUGAAGCUCAGCUCCUCCCCCGCCGCUCGCUCGCUCGCUCGGCUGAUCCGGCUCGGAGCGCAGGAGCCGAAGCGGAGAGCGCUGCCUUGGCAGGUGGAAAGAAGAAGGAAGAAGAAGCCCCCGCGAUCCUCUCGCGCGCGGAUCGUGCGCGCCCUCCCUGCCCGGCACCACCAUGCAGCGGCCGGCUGAGCGAGCCUGUCUCCUGCUCGCCAUCCUGCCCGCCGCCUUGCUCGCCCUGGCCCCGCUGCCCGCCUCCCUCCCUCUCGCCGCCGCCGCUGCCAGGAACGCCAGCAGCAGCAGCAGCAGCCCCAGUAAGGGCGACUCCCGCGAGCCCCAGAAAGUGGCCGCCGCCUCGACGCCUCCUCCUCCUCCGCCGCCGCCUUCCGUCGGGAAUCACAGCGGCGGCGGCGGCGGUGCCCAGCAGCGCAACCCGGUCCUGGCGAUGCUGCGCGAUCUGCCGGCGCUCAAGGCCGCUGUCGUCGGAGCCUGCGCGGCCAGCGUCUGUCUGAUGGCCUGCUUGCUGUUCCGCGUCCUCAGGUGCGGCGGGAGGAAGGGGCGCGAGGGUCCCACACUGCCCGCCAACCUUUCGCUCCUGGGCCCCUUAAAGCAGCUGAGCCCUUUCCCCGGCCCUCUAACCCACCCCACUCCUGGGGCAGGUGAAGGGGAGGUGAAGGGAAG